AUGGAGGCCAUCGUGAAAGUCCUGGUCUGCGGCGCCGUUCACGGGCAGCUGAAGGCGCUGCUGGCCCGCGUGGAGAAGGUGCACAAGACGAAGGGGCCAUUCGCGGCGCUCUUCUGCGUUGGGGGAUUCUUCCCUCGCGCCGACAAGACGCUUGAUGGUGCUGACCCUGAAGGGGAGGUCCUGGAAUUUUUGUCACAGAAGAAGAGGGCACCCAUCCCUGUCUUUUUUCUUGGGGCCUGUGGCCAUGGGAGUCAGGCAGCAGUGGACAUGCUGUCCCAAGCGGAUAACAACAUCACAUACCUGGGGAGAGCUGGAGUGACAAAGUUGGAUUCUGGACUGUCGGUUGCAUUCUUAGAUGGCACAUUCAGUCCAGAACACUUUUCAGCAACUUCCUCACAUGGAGUGGAGGCCACCAGUGGUUGCUGUCGGCAUUAUACCCACGAAGACCUGGCGGUGCUGAAGAAGCAGGUGUCAGACUGGGAGGGUGACAUCGAUUUCCUCUUGACCUGCGAAUGGCCAAGGGGCAUCACUCAUGGUGUCGACACCAGCUCCAUGCCAGGAUUCGAUGGGAGGAUGGGGAGCGAGCAGAUAGCCGAACUGGCAUCGAUCGUCCGACCGCGUUAUCACUAUGCAGGAGGGCAGAGUCUGCACUUUGUACGGGCACCUUAUGUGAAUCCAGACAGAGGGGCAGGCGCCCAUGUCACUCGCUUCGUAUCCCUUGCUCCAGUCACCACUCAAGGCCAAAAGUGGCUGAAUGCCCUUCAGCUCGUUCCAGCAGCAGACAUGACCCCCGACAAGUUGCAUGAAAUCCCUGAAAAUUCAACACCCUGCCCAUACGACGCCUUGAAGCGAUCAAAGAGAUCUCAUGAUGAUGCGGAUGUAAAUGCUCAGUCGUGGCGAUGGGAGCAGAACAAACGCCCGAGAAUUGCAGAGAGUCGCUUGGCCCCUGGUGUUGUCAAGGACAAGCGGAAAACUGUCUUUGUUGGCAACCUCCCAUUCGUGUGCUCAGAGCAGGAGAUAAGAGAUUUUUUCUCACAAGUUGGGCAUGUCGUUGGCGUCCAUCGUACCGCAAAUGCAGAGGGCCGAAUAAACACGUGGGCAUUUGUCCAGUUUUCCACCGUCGAAGCUGCCGAAAAGGCAUGCCAUGAUCUGCACCUUGCAGAGCUGAAUGGGCGUGAAGUCCGAGUGGACAAGGCAUCACAAUCAGCGCAAGGACACAAAGCAGGCGAAUCUGUUGAAGGCUGCUGGUUCUGUCUUUCCAGUGAUGCAUCAGACAAAGACCUUGUGGCCAGUGUUGGAAGAGACUGUUACAUUGCAUUGGACAAGGGGCCAGUCUCCGACCACCAUGUCCUCAUCAUACCAAUCGAGCAUUAUCCCAAGACGGUGAUGAUGCCCAGCGCAUGCUACAUCGAGAUGGAGCGCUACCUAUCUGCUCUGAAGUCUGCAUUUGCUUCAGUUGGGAGGGCCUUGAUAGCAUUUGAGAGGUACCUCACCCUGCGGAAAAUGGGCGGAAACCACUGUCACAUGAGCGUGAUAUCCAUACCACAGUCAAUGGCAGAGAGAGUGAAACAGGCUUUCUUGGACAAGGGUCGAGAAUACCAUCUAGAGCUAACGUGUCUGCCAGCAAUGGAAGGAGAGAAAGGGCGGGAGAGCUUGUUGGACAUUGUUGGAGACGAGGAGUACUUUGCGAUUCUUCUACCUGAUGGUUCAAGAAUGGUUCAACCACUUAUGAGAGAUCAGAGGCUGCCUCUCACUUUCGGACGAGAAGUGCUUGCAAAGCUGCUUGGAAAACCCCAGUUGGCAGAUUGGAGGAAGUGCACCAUGUCUGAGGAAGAAGAGAAGGUCAGGGCGGCCAAGUUCCGUGAGAUGUUCGAGAAAUACGAUGUUGUACAAAAUGAAUGA